GGAGGGGGGCGAAGGUCUUCUCCCAGCGAGGGCGACCGUGGGCUGCGUGACGCGCGGUGCGCCGCCCGGGCUUCACGCGGGCGGACAGACGGGAGACGCGGGGACGGGAGAGACGGCGGCGGGGGAGACGCGGGGAGGACCGGAGGCAGAGACAGGAGGAGGAGGAGCGGGCAGGGCUUGGCCAGAGAGGCAGCAGCUGUCACUACCCGUCCGCGCUCCCUCCCAUUGACGCGGAGCCAUUGUACGCGGCGUCCCCCCGACGGCACUGAAGCGGCGAGGAUGGCGACUCCCGAGGGGAUCCGCAUGCCGGACGGGCACUAUGCGGACGGCACGUGGGAGCUCCACGUGCUCGUCACGGACCUGGCGCAGAGGCUGGUGCUGCGAGUCACGGGCGAGCUGCACGUGGGCGGACUCAUGCUGCGCCUCGUGGAGAUGCUAGAGGUGAAGCAGGACUGGUCAGACCACGCGCUGUGGUGGGAGCGUCGCAAGCUUUGGCUGCUCAAGACGCCGUGGACGCUGGACAAGUACGGCGUGCAGGCCGAUGCGCAGCUACUCUUCACCCCGCGGCACAAGCUGCUGCGCCUGCAGCUGCCCAACGCCCGUGUCGUGCGCGUGAGGGCCAACUUCUCCGACCCCGUCUUCAAGGCGGUGUUCGAUAUCUGCAGGACCUUCAAUAUCCGGCACCCGGAGGAGCUGUCCCUCCUCCAGAAGAUGUCCGACACGGCCAAAAAGAAGAAGAAGAAAGCAGACGAGAACAACGCUGAGGAUGAGGUGGAUGCACCGCUCAUCACUCCGUCUGCCUCACAACGCGGUUCGUACCUCAGCCCCGGGCUCUACGGCCACGCGUUGACGACGCCCACGUACGACGUGCGCGACGGGAGCCCCGUGUCCCCCACGUGGGUCGGGGACUCCCCUCUCGGGGAGCGCGACCCGGCCUCGCUCGGCACCGCCCUGCCCAGCCCCGCGCCCGACGCCCUCGCCCGCAUGUACCGCCCGCUCACCCUCGCGGACAAGGCGCGCACGAACGCAGGGUGGCUGGACUCGUCCGCUUCCCUCAUGGAGCAGGGAGUGAAGGAGAACGAAGUCCUGCAGCUGCGCUUCAAGUUCUACAGUUUCUUCGACCUCAACCCCAAGUACGAUGCGAUCCGCAUCAACCAGCUGUACGAGCAAGCCAAGUGGGCGAUCCUCCUGGAGGAGGUGGAGUGCACCGACGAGGAGAUGAUGAUGUUCGCCGCGCUGCAGUACCACGUGAACCAGCUGUCGGUGGGAGCCGAGGGGCGGGCGGGCCCGCGGGAGAGCGCCGUCGACGAGGUGGACGCCGCGCUCAAUGACCUGGAGCUCACGCUGGAGGGCACCGGCGCCCCGGCCGGCCAGCGCGACAUCACCCGCAUCCCCGAGCUGGCAGACUUCCUGAAGGUGUUCCGGCCCAAGAAGCUGACGCUGAAGGGACACAAGACCUACUGGGUGGUGUUCAAGGACACCUGCGUGUCGUGCUACCGCACCAAAGACGACCCGCAUCCCGCUCAGCAGAUGAACCUCCGAGGCUGCGAGGUGGUGCCGGACGUCAACAUUUCGGCGCAGAAAUUUAACAUCAAGCUGCUGGUGCCUACGCCGGAGGGCAUGACGGAGGUGUGGCUGCGAUGUGAGAACGAGAAGCAGUACGCGGCGUGGAUGGCGGCGUGCCGGCUGGCCUCCAAGGGCAAGACCAUGGCGGACAGCUCCUACAACGCGGAGGUGGCCAGCAUCCUCUCCUUCUUGCGGAUGCAGGUCGUGAGCGGGGACCCGGCGCCACUGCUCGCGCAGGGAUCGGCCGACUUCAACCCCGAGUCGCUCAUCUCUCCCCGCUGCCUCAAGAAGCACAAGGCCAAGCAGCCUGGAACGGUGAGGGACGUGCUGACGGCGCGGGUGCUGGAGGCUCAUCAGAACGUGUCGCACAUGAGCCUCGUCGAAGCGAAGAUGCGCUUCAUCCAAGCGUGGCAGUCACUGCCGGAAUACGGCCUCACGCACUUCCUCAUCCGGGUGCGCGGUAGCCGCCGGGACGAGCUGCUGGGCGUGGCCUACAACCGCCUGAUCCGCAUGGACGCGCACACAGGCGACGCAAUCCGCACGUACCGAUUCAGCAACAUGAAGCAGUGGAACGUGAACUGGGAGGUCCGGCAGGUGAUGGUGGACUUCGACGGCGAAGUGCAGCUGGUGUUCGGCUGCGUCUCCGCCGACUGCAAGGUGGUACACGAGUUCAUCGGAGGCUACAUCUUCCUGUCGAUGCGAGCCAAGGACCAGGAAGACUCGCUCGACCAAGAGCUCUUCUACAAGCUGACAGGCGGUCGGGAGUAAUGGCGCCAGGGAAUGCGUGGCCACACGGGGAAUUGCGGCCGGGACUCCGGUCGGGACCGACGGUGGCCAGACGUGGCACGUGACGUGGCCAGGACUCUGGAGUGGCCAGGACUGUGACCGAAAGAGACCGUGACUUGUGUGAUGCAUCCACCGAUCUUAGGUUUCUAUCACAAAAAUGUGAAAAAAGGUGGGCCAAAAUUACUCUUACGUUGGUAUGUUUUGUUUUGGCCCAAAAGUGUACAUACAUGUUUAAGUAUGCGCUAAGCACGUGCUCCUCGUCCAUCUCCCGUGUGUGCUGCUGGUGGCCGGUGCGUGUUUUAUUUCCGUCGUGCACGACCUCGAUUGUGAGUCAGGGGGUGGCAGCCCGAGGUCAUUCAGUUUUCCAACUCGAUCACAAAACCACACGUUUAGGCAAGAGGCUGCAGCGAGACCUGGCUCGCUCGCCCUCAUCCAGCACCCAGAGAUCGAAGGCGAUUAGCCCCACGUGGGCUGGGCACCUCGUCGCUGCAUCUCUGCACAUCAACUGCAGACGAGGCCUGGACAAGGCCGGAUCAAGUUUGAUGGGGGCCUGGGGCUGUAGUAAUUUAAACAGCCAAACCCCCCCUCCUCUUCGUUUACCCAAUUCCUUCCAUUGACCACCACCCAUGCUCAAUGCCAAAUGCUCCAUCGUAAUUCACCUCUUGUUAUUUCAGCUCGAGCAGUUUAAAUUGUAAUGCUAAAUCAAAAGUUAAAACGAAGAUCGGUCGUGGUACACACAGGGAUGCUAUGGCUUUAAUUGCCAAACUGUACUACAGUUUGUAUCAUGGUGCUGCAGUGUUGCAUUUCAACCGUUAUAGAGCAGCAUGCAUUGUUUCCCUUGGCUUGGAGGUCCCCUCAAAACUCCAAGGCCCCCGGCUGCCGCCCCUAAAGCCCCGUGUGCCAAUCCAGCCCCGGCCCCCGGAGGCAAAGCUGGCGGCGAGGGCUCGGCACGGGCAGCGUCUGCGACUGGAAUUUUUUUUUUAAUAAAUGGGAGGGCAAAAA